AUGGCUACUCCGUCGCCCAGCGAGGACGAGCGGCUUCGCCAGAUUCCACACGCUGCCGCAUCGCAGUCCCCCCCCUAUGCGCCCGGCGACGAGGGCAAGCCUCGCCCCGAUGUCCCCGCUGUUCGCUUCUCCUCGGCCAUCGAGGAAAUCUCGCCUUCCACCACGAGGGCCCAGCCCCCGGCCGCCUUAGACGAUGGCUCCCCCAAAGUGUCACCCGACCAGCUUAGGGCUUUGACCAAGUCGCUGCACGGAGGCCCUCUGCAGGAACGCCGUAUCAACACUUUUCAAUUCGAGGCCUUUUCCUUGCCGCCGUCGAGAGUCCCCUCGCGAGAAGACGAGUCGUCCGAAUGCACCAGACACCCGACUCCCAACUCCAGUCGCCAAUCACCCCAUAGCAGCCCGCGACUCUCCGCCCUGGCCUCUCCUCCCCUGACCCCGGCCGGCUCAGAGCCCUCGGCGACGGGGGAGAGGCACCUCGGCGGCAAGGGCUCGGGAGACAGAGCCAUCAACGCCCACGAACCCCCGGCAAUCACCCCGCAACCGACCUCCUCUCACGACAGGUCGCUCGCUGUCGCAGACCGCAGGCCCCUCAACACCCAUCGGCCGGCGUCCUCGGACCAAAUCUUGCGAAGGGCUUCAUCCGCCGACAGCCACAAGGCGCAUAGGAGAGGCCUAUUUAGCGUCGGCCCCGGCUCCACGCCCGCGUCCAGGGACUCAAGCCCCUCCCGCAGCUCGGCAUCGCAUUUUUACUCCAAGCCCGUCACCCCCGGCGGCGACGCAAACGAUCCCUACGCAAAGGGCCGCCGACCUCCGCAGCAGCAGCACCCCAACCGACAUUCCAUCGACCCCCGGUUCGUCUUUUCCCGCAAGAAGAAGCAUGGGUCGCCCGGCGGAUCCAGGUCCAGCCUGACAGAGAAGCGCGGCUCGGGCCUGUUCGGGGUCAAGGGCGGCGGCGACGGCCAUGUCAGCGACGGGGGCCACGGGGGCCACGGGAGCGGCCAGCAACACGGUUCCAUGGCUGACUUGAAGCGCUUCUUCCGGAAAUCGACAAGCAACGGCAGCAAGAAGAGAGACGCGUCCCCGGCAUCCAUCAAGGCCGGCACCAAGACCCCGCCAGGCUUGCGCUCCGGCCAACAGCUUCCCUUUGGCGACGAUCAUGGUCUCACGUCCAAAUACGGCAAGCUCGGCAAGGUGCUUGGCUCGGGCGCCGGGGGUUCGGUCCGGCUGAUGAGGCGCAAGGACGACGGGACCGUCUUUGCCGUCAAGGAGUUCAGGGCCCGGCACACGUACGAGACGGAAAAGGAGUACAACAAAAAGGUGACGGCCGAGUUUUGCGUCGGCUCGACGCUCCACCAUGGCAACAUCAUUGAGACGCUGGACAUUUUGCAGGAAAAGGGCCGUUGGUUCGAAGUCAUGGAGUAUGCGCCGUACGACCUGUUUGCUAUUGUCAUGACGGGCAAGAUGUCGCGAGAGGAAAUACGGUGCUGCUUUCUGCAGAUCUUGAACGGCGUCACAUACCUGCACAGCGUGGGGCUGGCGCACCGCGACCUCAAGCUCGACAACGUCGUCGUGAGCGACAGGGGCAUCAUGAAGAUUAUUGACUUUGGCAGCGCUCAUGUCUUCAAGUAUCCGUUUGAAAACGGCACUGUCCCCGCAAAAGGCAUCGUCGGCUCGGACCCGUACCUGGCCCCGGAAGUGUACGACACUAAGGAGUACGACGCGCCGGCUGCUGACAUUUGGUCGCUGGCCAUCAUCUUUUGCUGCAUGACUCUUCGCCGCUUCCCGUGGAAGAUUCCGCGUAUGACGGACAACUCGUACAAGCUCUUUGCCGCCGACCCGUCCCCCGGCCACGAUCCGAACCGACUGCUCAGGGCGUCGGAUCACUCUGCCGUCAGCUCGUCUCGAGAUUCAGGGGCUGAGGACGAAGGCAAAGAGAAGAGCCAUCAGCAUUCGCAUCGCCGUUCUAGCCAUCACAAGCGAGAGGACUCCGAGGCGGCGCCGAAUCCUGGCGAUGGCCAGACUCAGCAGACGUCAAGCACCGGGGCCGAUAAAAGGGAGGCGAUCCGUGGUCCCUGGCGCAUCCUGCGCCUGUUGCCACGGGAGAGCCGGCGCAUCACUUAUCGGAUGCUGGACCUCGACCCAAAGGCCCGCGCGGGCAUGGAUGAGAUACUGCAGGAGCCGUGGGUGGCGGACACGGUCAUCUGCCAGCAGUUUGACAAUGGCGAGGUGAUUUCGGCCGAAGACCACACCCACGCCACGUCGAUUCGCUCCAUUCGCAGCCUCGCCCCGUUGCUGGACCGGGUGCUGGUGCAGCGCCUCAAGGCCGACACCAAGACGGCCAGCGGCAUCUUCCUGCCUGAGUCGAGCGUGGAGAAGCUCAACGAGGCAAAGGUCGUGGCCGUCGGGCCCGGCGCCAUGGACAAGAAGGGCAACCGUCUGCCCAUGGGCGUUUCCGCCGGCGACCGCGUCUUGAUUCCCCAAUUUGGCGGUUCGCCCGUCAAGGCUGGCGAUGAGGAGUAUCAGCUGUUCCGUGACAGCGAGAUCCUGGCCAAGAUCAACGAGUAA